AUGUCUUGUACAUUAUUACUCUGUUUUAUCCACGGAUUCAAGGGUACUGACAAUACCUUUCAAGAAUUCCCAUAUGACCUCAAAAAAGCAGUUGGUAAAGAAUUACCAGACUGUAAAGUCGAAUCUGUUGUCUAUCCCAAAUAUGAGACAUCUGGAGAACUCGCCCAGGCCUCAGAGGGGUUUCUGGGAUGGCUCAAGGAACGAGUCAUGGACAUUCGAAAGGAAAAGUCCGAGAAGCCAUGGCCUCCUCACGACAGAGAUGUCGGCGUCGUCCUCGUUGCGCACAGCAUGGGAGGCUUUGUAGCCGCAGACUCUCUCUUCUUAGCUAUAAAUGAAAGAGCCAACAACGGAGACGAAACCGACCCCUUGUUCCCCCUGAUCCAAGGCAUUCUCACUUUCGACACUCCCUACAACGGCCUUGCCCGCUCCAUGUUCGUCUACGGUGCUUUUUCAAACUACCAAAAAGUCAACAGUGUCUUCAACGUCAUGACAGCUAUAUCGGCCGCCGCACCUGCCAGUCUCGCUCGUCUAAGUGCUCGAAGAGCUGCUACCACCGCUGUCACCACCACUUCGCGAGGACCCCAGUGGAAGACAUGGCAGCUGGUAGCCGUCAAGACAGGGACAGUCGGCGCCAUCGCAGCGGGUGGCGUAGCAGCUUAUAUGAACCGAGAGCUCAUCAUGCAAGGAAUGAAGAGCGUCAAGAAUAUCAACAAGGAGUCCGUUGCUGAAGGAUACCGCCAAAGCAUGGAUGCUCUCGGUCAAGGUCUGGCUUACAUCAACCGUGGCAACGUCGGAAAGUCCUUUGCUUGGCUCUCAGAUCAUGUCACCUUCGUUGGUGCACUUCUUAGACAAAAGGAGCUCAACCGUCGACUUGAACGCAUUGGGUCACUCAAAGGCAUUGGCAUGCACGACUUUUACUGUUCUCUCGGUGAGAAUGGCUACUGGAGUGGUGGCUACUUCGUCCCUGAGCGGACGUUCUGCGCUAUUCCUGAAGAUAGCCACUCAGCAUAUCCUAUCUUUGAGAGAUGCGUCAUGCUCAAGGCCGACGAUGAGGUUGAAGCGCAUAUGAACAUGUUCAGACCCGAAAAGCAUCGCGGAUAUGAAGAGAUGACGGAUAAAUCAGCUGAGCUUGUCAAGAAGUGGUUCUUGAGCGAGGAAAAUGUUGUCGAUGAUCCCAAAUUCCGAGAAACACCGCCUGAAGAAACAGAAGAGACUGAAAAGGCCAAGGAGAUUCUCGAGAAGGAUCCAGGUGCACAAGAGAACGAGAAUGCCGAAGGUGUUGACAAAGAUAAAGACAAUGAGUUUCCAGACGAGUCACCCCUCGAUAUCGCCAACGCCGCAUCGCUUGUGCCACUCCCCGACGAUAAAGGAGACGACAUCAUUGGCGACGGAAACAUUGAGGGCGCCGAUACCGUCGAGAAACGAAACUACCUCAACUAUCUCUUCGGUGUGGCUCAAUCUGCAGGUACAGAUGCCAAAGGUUGGCUGCCAAACAAGAUUCCUCAGAUGCCAAACCUACCCAGCAUGCCGAACAUGCCCAAGGUACCCAGCUCUGUAUCCUCGCUGGGCAAUGUAUCUAUGCCUAGUAUGAGGAUCUGGGGCAAGAAGGAUGGCGAUGCACAAGGAGAGGUUGAGAAGCAGGGAAAGGACACCGCUGAAGGGAAGGAGGAUUCUGCAGAACAAAACGAAUCGAAGGGUGAGCCCAAGGAAACAACUGAUGAUAGAGAAGAGUCUGCCCAAAAUGUGGAGGCGGGAAGUGAAAAGAAGUCAGGUUAG